AGUUUUGUUCAUGUUCUUUUAGAUUUUGGGAGGAUUGUUCGACCCGCGGUUGUGACCAGUGAAUGGGUUAAAUAUGGACACCCAUGACUUGUUCUUGAGUUGUCGACGCGGAGAUUUGAUGCGCGUGAGAACGCUCGUGGAGAAGAAAGAAAUUGACGUGAAUGUGAGGGACAAAUGGGACAGUACGCCGUUGUACUAUGCCUGCUUGUGUGGGCAUCGGGAAGUCGUUUUAUAUCUGCUGGAAAUUGGCGCUCGGUGUGAAGCCAAUACUUUCGAUGGUGAACGGUGCCUUUAUGGAGCCUUGAAUGACGACAUCAGACAUCUGUUGCGCAAUUACAAAGUCAUUACAACUUCUACUAUUCGGCGGGAUGUUUAUCAGGAGUUUCUUCGACGGCUCUUGGAUUCCGGAAUGUACAGCGAUGUUGUCAUAUCCAUUCACGGUCACGAGUUCAGACUGCAUCGUUGUAUUCUGUGUGCGAGGUCGGAUCAUCUGCUGAAUCUUUUCACUGAGCGAUGGACGCGAAAGAAACUCAUAACAAUAAAUAAGCCCAUGGUUACCCCGGAAGCUUUCAGGGCGUUGACGCAGUAUCUCUACACAGGAGGUAUGGAGAUUCCGAUCGAUGCAGUGGAAGACGUUAUGGUUCUGGCUAAUCAUUGUAAAUUGAGUGAGAUGCGAAGUGGCGUGGAAGACGCCUUGGCAAAUGUUGAAGAAUUCCGUUUGGCGAAGCCUGGAGCCAUGGUUACCACACUGGUGGUGGAAGGAGUUGGAGAGAGAUUGGAAAAUCUACGCGCGGAUUUGGGAGUCCUUGGGCAACAGGGAUUACCGGAAAACAUGAUGCAUUGGAUCGGAGGAGACGAGCUUCCCUUAAUGCCCUAUGUUCCUGCACAGUUCGUGGACGUUAUUUUCCGCGUGAACGAUUUCAGCUUCCACGGGCACAAGGCAUUUUUCUGCGCUCGCAGCGAAUAUUUCCAAGCCCUCGUCAAUGAUCACUUUGGAGAAGCGGAACGAAAUGCUGACAACGAAGUUCCUGUUGUUAUUACCCUGCACAGUAUCACUCCUUUUGUGUUUGCUAGUGUACAUGGCUACCUCUACGAGAAUGAUGCGAAAAUAGUUGGCAUUGAUCACGCAGUAGAAGUACUUGCUGCUGCUGAUCAGUACUUGCUUCCAGGACUGAAACGAUUGUGCGGUGCAGCGAUUGCUGCGCAUUUGAACGUGGAUAACGUUUGCGAUGCAUUUUCGCUUUCGCGACUUUUCUGCCUUCCCAGGCUCGAAAAUGCUUGCUGUGAAUAUAUGGCGGCGAAUAUUGAAGUGGUGAUAUCGAGACCAGAAUUCAAGGAGCUUGUGGUGAAAGAUGCUGCUGAAGUUCAGAAGCGAGAAGAUACUGACAGCAUUGAUAUUAUUGAUGAUAUCCGACACCUGAUUACCUGCGACAUCCGAACACUGAGUCAUAUUGACGAGGCCGAUGAGAAACUGAGGUUGAUCGACAGUUUACUGGAGGAUCUUGGGCUGGAUGCCUGA